AUGAAGCUGGUCACUGUCGCCGUCUACUUGGCCGUACUCGUCGCUCUCGCUUCGGUAAUUUUUCGUUAGAGAUGUUAAUUCCUCAUUCUUUUUUUCAGGCUUCUGCGAUUCGAGAAAAGCGCCAGUGCAGCUGUGACACUUCUUCAAGCUCGUGCAACUGCAACUCGGCGAGCCAGACACAAUCGUGUACUUGCCAGAACACCCCUUCGUACGCCUUCUCUUCCACCUCCUCCUCGUCCAACUGCAACUGCAAUCAGCAGUCCAACACGCAGAGCUCGCCAGUCACCAUCCAAGUGACCUCGAGCCAGUGUGCUCCGGCUUGUCAGCAGUCCUGCUCCCAACAGUGCGACUCACAAAAUUAUCAGAACAGUGCCAACUGCAACUCGCAAUGUCAGUCUAAUUGUCAGGCAGGGUGUAAUAACAAUGGAAAUGGAAACGGAAAGAGCUACCAGAGAAGUCCCAGCGCGUCGACGAGUUCUCCGGUCCUUGUCCGUCUCGACAUUAGCUCUGGAAGCUCGAACGCGAACUCACAGUGCUCGCCGCAAUGCAAUCAACAGUGCAAUCAGCAGUGCGCUUCGCAGAACCAACCGAGCAGUCAGUGCGCGAAUGAGUGCAGCAACCAGUGCUCGAAUGCCUGCUCUUCGUACUCUCAAUGUGCAUCCCAGUGCGCUGCUCAGUGCUCAGCAUCUUCGAACUCCAACUCCAACCAGCAGUGCCAACAACAAUGCCAACUGAACAGCUGCAAUCAGAACCAAUAUCAGUACCAGCAGGCGGCGACGUCGACCACAACUGCCACUCCGAUCGUUCAGGUGAUCAAUCUCUCGUUUCCCUAUUCUUUUCACGAGAUCGUUCAGAUUGUCCUAAACUCGAGUGUACUCAAAAGCGGUUCCCAAUGCGAACCACAAUGCGAACAGUCUUGCCAGUCGCAGUGUCAAUCCCAACAACACGGUCAGCAGCAGUGUGCGCAGGCGUGCCAGACGAGCUGUGUGGCCCAGUGCCAGCCGUCGACAGUGGCCUGUAUGCCGACCAGUUCUUCCAGUUCCUGCCAGUGCCAGCCGAACUACUCGCAGUGCGGAAAUCAGUGCUGCAGGAAGUGA